AUGAACGACCGAUUGAAGAAGCUGUUGGAACAUGCCCAAGUGCCUCGAGUUCAUAAGAAAUAUGUUCGACGAGAAUUUGAAGAUGAGUUUGAACUUGUUGUGGAUCAAUUUUUGGACGAUUCACAGAAUCGUAAGUUUUUUUCGUUAUUAUGUUUUAUUUUUAGGUAACAUUAAUAAUCGAAUAUUUUUUUUGCUUAUAAAAUUAUUUUAGAGCCAUCACAUCUUGUUCUCACUGGUAUAUCAGGUGUAGGGAAGACUUCGCUAGUUCAGCAUCUGCUAUGGAAUCGUUCAGAUAUUGUUGGACAUCACUUUAAACGCGUUUUAUAUGUCUCAGACAAUACGACAGAUCCAAAAAACUUGUCUAAAGUGUUGAUGAACACCUUUUUCUACCUAUCAAACGGAAUUCCGGACGGUGACAUUGUGAAGCUAUUUGAAAAUGAAGUAUCGUUCUUAAUAGUUAAAUUGAGGCAGCUGAUUAAUGAAACGAAAAAAGUUUUGAUUGUGUUAGAUGGAGUAUACCUGAGUGAAGUUGUGGAUGUUUUUAAAAGCUUUAAUGUGAGUUUUCCUGAUAUUAUGGUGAUAAUUGUGGGGUAAAUAGAGUUUUAAGAUUAAAAUAACUUACAAUAUUUUUAAAUUUCUUUUAGUGUUCUUUACUGUUAACGACAAGUUGUCGAGAUCUCAAAAAUCAAAUGGACAAUGUACAUUCAUAUCAUAUGACAUUAGAACAUACAAAACGUGAAGAUGUAUUGAAUUUAGCCACUUUAUAUGGACUUACCAAAAUGACGGAAAACUAUGCUGACGUAAUUUUGAAAAUUACUGGUGGCAAUAUUGCUAUGAUUGAAAAAAUGUUCACUUUUGCCAAGGGCGAUUUUUUGAGGUAUGGAAUUUUGCCUUUGAUCGUAUUUUUUCAUUUAAAAAUUCUUUAGGUUGAAGUUUACAGUAGGCCAAAUUCGCAUAGGCAAUUUAUCACAAUUAGAGUGUAUCUCAUAUUAUCCAUACCGGUCGAUAAACACAUCUCUUGAAAACAUAUGUUACUUUGUAAAACCGACAGUAAGUCAACAAAUGGUGACUUUAUCACUAUUACAAUCAAAUAUUUGGGUUCGGGUUGAAGUUCUGUCAAAAUUAUGGCCAGUCGAUUUGGCCGAUAAUUCAGAUGCGCAACUAUGUCAAAUCAUAAUGAAUGAAAUGGAAAGCUUAGGAGAUUUGAGCUUAAUCGAUACGACGCUUGCCGACAAAAAUGUGAGGAUACCCGCGUUGCUACGGUAUUAUUUAUUGGCGGAAACUGGACCUGCCGAUCUUACGGUAAGUUUUAAUGUAAUGCAAGGUGGAGAUGAAGAUAACAAAAUGUAUUUGAAUAUAUAUAUUUAGUGGGAAAUUUACAACAUGCUUAUUUUUGGCAUUUUAGGUAUACAACAAGUUCACUCAUCGUUUGAGAACAGAUAA